AUGGCCCCAGGAUCACAUCUCAUUCUGAUGAUCUUCUUUGUUCAUCUGAUCUGCAUCUCGAGUCAGCAGGAGGAGACAUGGUUUAUCUAUAAUGGCUUUGUUCAAGCAGACCUUUCUACUGACGGCGUUGCCAAGAUUCUUCCGGGAGGACAGUUGCAGUUGACCGAUGGAUCCGGACAGGAAAUGGGACAUGCUUUCUUGAAGAAGCCUUUUGAGUUCACUUCACCUGAAUCACUCUCUUUCUCAACACAUUUUGUGUGUGCUCUGGUGCCUAAGCCAGGAUUUAUCGGUGGUCAUGGUAUCGCCUUUGUUCUGUCUGCUUCCAUGGAUCUCACACAUGCAGAUGCGACGCAGUUCUUGGGACUUUUUAACAUCUCCACUCAAGGAUCCUCCUCUUCUCAUCUAGUCGCUGUUGAGCUUGAUACUGCCCUCAGCGCUGAGUUUGAUGACAUCAAUGCCAAUCAUGUCGGUAUCGAUGUCAACGGCCUUAUCUCUAUCGCAUCGACCCCUGCUUCUUACUUUUCCGAGAUUAAAGGUAAGAACGAAAGCAUAUCGCUUCUGAGUGGAGCUCCUAUUCAAGUCUGGGUGGACUACGGAGGAAACGUGCUUAAUGUUUCGCUGGCCCCUCACAAAAUUCAAAAGCCAAGUCAGCCUCUUUUGUCAACAUCUCUUAACCUUUCAGAAUCUUUCCCAGAUAGAAAGAUUUAUCUUGGGUUCUCUGGAGCGACAGGGACACUGAUCAGUUACCAAUACAUACUUGGGUGGAGCUUUAGUAGAAACAGGGAGUCACUGCAGACCCUGGAUGUCACUAAGCUUCCUCGAGUCCCUCCUCAUAAAGCUAAAAACGAGAGACCAUCAACGCUGCUUAUUGUUCUGCUAAUAUUACUGGCAGUCAUAUUGUUUUUGGUUCUUGGAGCAGCUUUCGCCUACAGGAGAAGGAAAUAUGCAGAAGUAAGAGAAGAAUGGGAAGGAGAAUAUGGACCACACCGCCUUUCCUAUAAAACUCUGUACAAAGCGACCAAAGGGUUCCACAAGGAUGGACUUCUCGGGAAAGGAGGCUUUGGAGAAGUGUACAAAGGAACUCUGCCUUCCUGUAGAGGAUGGAUUCGACCAUCCCACAGGGCCCGAGGAAUAGGAAGGCCUGGCCCGAGUUAG